GUAACUGAAAUUUUGACGUUUGACAGACGAAAUGUUUUGGCUGAAAUCCAAGUCAAACUCUUAACUCAACAUUCAACAAGUUUUAAAAAUUACGUGUACGUAAGGCACUGGAUGAAUUAAAAAGUAUUAAUUAGAAGAAUAUGGUAUUAAACAGUUUAUGUUGCUCAAGAUAACAUAACAGUCAAACAUGGAGAUUCCUUACAGGAAGAUAAUGAUUUACGUUCUAACGUUCGUGGCCUAUGCCUAUACUGGUAUGGGUUCUAGUAUGUUACGAAAUUUGAAAGAUGCCGUAUUAUCAGCCGAGUCUGUUUUUGGUGAUAUGUUUAAAAACGUCAUAACUGUGGCUGAGAAGUUUAGAUCUUUACACGAAGUUUUUGAUGCGGCCGUUGAAGAAGAGUGCAUUUUCAAUUGUCCAGAAGGAGGCAAACCAGUGCGUAAUAGAAAUCAUGUCCCAACAUCUGAUGGUUGUGGUUCUCUUGGUUUUGAAAUAGCAUCAGAAUACUUACCUCUUGAAGAAAUGACAAAAUGCUGUGAUACCCAUGAUAUAUGCUAUGAUACAUGCAACAGUGGGAAAGAAACCUGUGAACUGGACUUCAAGAGAUGUCUGUACAACUACUGUGAUUCAUAUAAAUCUGUUAAUGUAGCAGGGGAUACUAUUACUAAAGGUUGCAAAACAGCUGCUAAACUACUGUUCACUGGUACAUUAACACUAGGCUGCAAAUCAUACUUGGAUGCGCAGAAGAAUGCCUGCUACUGUCCACCACAGAAAAAUAACAAAUAUAAGAAGUAUCCAGGAAGCGGGGAUUAUUGGUUGUUAAUAUUUGAUGUUAAUUUUCUAUAUAAUUAUUUCCGAUUUUAUUUUGGUAUUAAAGAAACGGGCCUUCUGCUGGACAAGAUUCAUCCGUUGAUACUUCGCCUUCGCAAUAAAUUGUCGUGUUAUGAAGAAAACGAAAAUAACGUAGCAAGGGUACGCGAUGUCUUCACACUGUGUUCCAGUCAGAUAAAUAAAUGCCUGAUUUAUAUUUUUGAUGUUUUUAAACUGGAAUAUAAGCACCAUACAUAUUUACAGGAGAGUCGCCAGUACACUCUGGAGAGACUAUCAUGGUGUAUGAACAGAUUAUUAUCAAUAGAAAGUUAUCUUGAGGAAACAUCUGUAUCAUCAGACUUGAGUGAAUCUGCUGAUGAUUCUUUCAAUACAACUACAAUGUACUUUGUCAACUGGAUUGACCAUACAUUUGAAAUCCUUGGUAAAUUGGCUGAUAUCAUUUAUAAAACUGAGUACAAGGAGUCUGAUACUUUAUUUAUUCAAUGGAAGGAUGAUAUGGUUGAGUGUGUGAGUGCGCUCCAUGUUUCUAUUGAUGAGCUGCUGUUGUCCGCUAUGACUCUGUGCAGAUACUGCUUAUCUGAUGAUCAACAUGUAGUGAAGGCGCGCUGCCAAGUGGUCCUACGAGAAACAAAAUCUCUGUUGAGUGAAUUGAUAAAAGGAGACUUUAGCUCAGUAGUCAAGGCCACACCAGAAACACUGAAACUACCUAUAAUGCCUUCAAAUGUCAAUGUCCUUAUUGAUGUCUUAAAAGAUGUACUGUAUGCAUUAGAAACUAACACAAAUACUGCACUUCUAGCAUUAGUCAGUCACUGUUUCAGUUAUAUCAAGUCUCCUAUAGCAAUAUUGAAGAAUCAUUUUAAUAAUAAUGCUAAGGGAACUUGUCCUUGUCUGAUAAAGAGUGAAGAUGAGGUGACUGAAAAUUGUUCAUUUGUGAAGGACUUUGAUUUGUACAAUGAGAGAUUGUUGCAAAUUGGAAAUUUUGCUGUCAGUUGUUCUUCAGACCAGAAUAGAAUUGUGACACUCCGCAGUGGUCUAGCAAGCCUUGAGGCCCUAGAUCCACAUUUAGUGCCGGCAUUAAUGAUGUCAGCAGACAGUCACCAUGCUGCCCUCAUGAUCAACUCUUGGACUCAUGAAGUUCAAGAGAUUCGAGACAGCGUCUUUUUGAUUGUUGAUCCAAGUGCCUUUGCUGAGAAAACGAAACAAAUGAUGCACCAGAAACUCCUAGAUGUGUUAAAUGAGGGUAGUUACAAGAAUGCAGAUGUGUGUUCUGUGAUUAAUUUGGGAUGUAUGGUUUCUGACUUCUUCCAUGUAUAUGACAAGCUUGAGCCUGAUGCUUUGGGCCACCAUGAUAAACUGCUAGUUUUACUGGGUGAUUUGGAUAAAGUUCAAAAGGAAUGCAAGAUCGUUAGCAACCUACUGAGUUCUGGUGACGACUAUGUUUAUGAUGUAAAGAUGCCUAAAAAUGAUAAAGUCUCGUUAGAUCAACUUUUAAAACGUCUCAAACUCAUGUACACACUGGUUACUAGAAUACAUGCCUUACACCAUCCUAAGGACGCUGACGACCAAUGGCUUGGUUGCGAAGGCGAGGAGGAGCCCCAAAUUGUGAAUAAAAACGCAACACACACUAUCCUUAAGAAUUAUGAUACGUACGUAAACUCGCCGAGAAAACUCCUGAACAAUAUGACUAGAAGCGUCUUUGCGAGAACUAAUGUACGCUCAUCAACAAGGAAUGUACCUUUAGCAAAAUUAACGAAACACCUAAAGACAAAAAUGUGUACGGAACUCAGUUUUUCCGUUCAAUUGGAUCGUCUAUUUAACUCUGAAGAUUCGAAUGUUGAUUCUUGUGAAACGAAAGAAUUGUUCGUGAACAAACAGCUGGACCAAGUGAGAGAUUCGUCUAUUUCAAUAUUUUACAACUUCUCGCCGAUAAGGAACCGGCCGUCGUUGAGAAAAGCCGUUUUGAGUAGGCAGUGUAAAAUGCCUGUCAAAAGGGAGGUAGACAUUAAUAUUGAAAACAAUGAUACUUACGAUAAUGGUCUUAUGGACGAAACGACAAGUCUUCAAAUUACUGAUAUACUGAAUCAAAUGAACGACAUGACGAGCGUUUUAUCCACCACAAAACCAAGUUUACCAAAAGCAGACAAAGGCGAGGCAACAAGCUAUCAACAAAACGAAUCAAAAAAUGUCCUAAGAAUCAAUGUAAACAAUCAAAAUAUUGUGUCCAAACAUGUUUGGAACAUUCCCGUGAACGCCAGUGUGGUAGAGAUGCCUUUGGAAGACAGUGCAGCGAAUGUCACUCAACCAUCCAACGUGAAUACGUUAGAACGAAUUCAUGAUCUAGACUACGUUGAGAGCAAACUAAACAGUUUAAAAUCGCAGUUGGAGACUAGUCUGUAAUAACUAGUUGCAUUGCCACUUUGUGAUUAUGUUUCUAAAGUAAAACUUUAUCGGCGUUGCAGAAAAAAUCCGCCAGGCGUCACUUUUUUUCAGUAAAUGGCGUCCUCUUUUAUGGCAUAUUCAUUAAAAUAAUGUAAUAUAUGAAUAGGAAACGGAACCGUCCUCUAUUUUUGUUAAUUUGAAAUUUUAUGUAAUGUAACUAUAAGGAAAUAUUCAGUAAAUAUAUGAAUGUAGAUUUUAAGAAAUAAUAAACGGUCUUAGAUUUUA